UAAACGGACUAGCUCUUUAUCAUGCUGUGCUAAAUGAUUUUUCUUUGUGUUAAUCGUAAAUCGUAAGUAAAGUAAUAUAAAACAGUGGCAUUAUUUUUGACAUUAAUAAAUUUAAGUUGUUUAUUCGUUGUAUGCUCAGGCAUCCGAGGAUCCUGCUUUGCUUCCACGGUUCGACAUUUCGCACGAUUUCGGAUUGUCCGACGUGUCAGCGUCAGAAGACAUAGCGCUCACCCGAACGUCCGAGUUCGAGCCCUUUGAUUUGACAAGAGCCGAAGUGCAACCGCCCGUUGUGAUCGACGAACGUAAUCUUCCAGAGCCAGCUGUAUUCGACAGUGUACUAACUCAUCCCGAAACCAUAGAAUACACCGUUGUAGACGCAGGAACCAAAAGAGGCAAACCAAAGCUAGUAUCCUCCGAUGGAUAUUCAUUCACGUUUAAGAAACAGACAAAGAAGCAAGCUGUGUGGCGAUGCAGCUUGCUACGGAAAGCGUUCAUGUGUACCGCGUCGGUCACGCAAGAGGGUGACAUAUUUCAAGCGAAAGGGACGCACACUCACGCUGCUGACCCUUCGAUGCGGAAGAAAGAGGAAUUGAAACGUAAUUUGAAGACAGCGGCCGUGGCUGAUGUGUUCGCGGCCUCCCGUAGAUUGGUUGAUGACCAUAUGAAAGUUUUCGAGGCCACAGAUUUUAACCUGCCCAAGCCGCAGACAUUUACGACGAUCCUCAACCGUGCCCGAGAAAAGCAUCGGCCAACAGAUCCAUCAUCACUUGACUUUGAGGUGGACACAGACUUCAUCGGAGAUGGUUUUCUACGCGAUGAUGUGCGUGUAGACGUGGAACGUCACCUCAUCUUCGCCAGCGACGAUCAGCUGAACAGACUCCAGCAGUCAAACCGCUGGUUCGUCGACGGCACGUUCCACGUCGUCCGGAAGCCUUUUUAUUAGCUUCUAUCCGUGCACGCAUUCCUACGACGUCGUAAUAUUAAUUGUGAUCUUUCCCGUUUACGGAAACAACUUGUGUGCAGUAAAUUAUGUAGUAUGUAAUUAGGUUAAAUUAAUGUAUUGUGUUGUUAAGACGUAUGUAUUCCUUAUUGUUAUAACUUUAAAAUUAUCCAAAUAAAUGUAAUAUAAAUUAUUUUAUAGUUUGUUUAAUUUUCAAAGCCGUCUCAUAUUCUUGUAUCUAUUCUUCUCAUUUCGACGACGAU